GGUUUACUGCAGCUGCGUGAUCAACGUCUGAUAAGGAACACAAACAGCACGCUGUCAGUUGACACGAAUCAGAUGAACAUGGUACCUUCAGGCAUUUGGAACUUGCUCCCAAGGAUGAACCAGACUUGUGGAGGUCCAUAAAUGUUUUUUUGGCUGAUUUCUUUUGAAUUUCCCAUGAUGUCAAGCAAAGAAGCACGGAGUUUGAAGUAUUUCUGAGAAGUGGCAGGAUGUUCCGCGGUUUCUUUGUGAAGACGCUUAGCUUUGUCGGUUACACCAUUCAAUAUGGCUGCAUCGCUCACUGCGCCUUUGAGUAUAUUGGCGAAUUUGUGUCGUGCUCAGGACCUUCCAUGGAACCCACGAUCAUUAACCAUGAUGUUGUUUUCUCAGAGCGAUUAAGCCGUCACCUCUAUCAAAUACAAAAAGGUGAUAUUGUAAUAGCCAAAAGCCCCUUUGAUCCAAAGAUGAACAUUUGUAAAAGAGUAAUCGGACUGGAGGGGGACAAAGUCUGCACCAGUGGACCAUCUGACAUCUUUAAAACACACACUUACGUACCAAGAGGGCAUGUGUGGCUUGAAGGCGAUAACCUUCGGAAUUCCACAGAUUCCCGAAGCUAUGGCCCAGUUCCCUUUGCCUUGAUUCGAGGACGUGUUUGCUUAAAGUUGUGGCCACCACAUAGUUUUGGCGUAUUGGCUGAAAGUCCUAAUGAUGGGCGUAUUUUAUGAAGAAACUGUCUUUAUGUAUUGCUGGAAUGUAAUUGCUAUUUUUACAGUGUUUUAAAAUAAAUUCAUAUUUAUGAUAA